GGAGACUGGCGGCGGCUGCCGCGGUCGAGUUCACAGUCUGUGUUUGCGCUGCGCCGACAGCGCUGGUACAGCGCAGUGGCCUGCAUGUGCUCGUAGUCUGUUUGUGUGGCUUCUAUCAGAGGGCCGUGCAGUGUGUUUGAAGACUGUCUCGGCCGGUAGAGUGCAGAGCGCAGUGUGGCUGACAGCGCCACGGCAGUGUGGCGUGUGCAGCGGCGGGUGGCGGUGUUACUGGACUGCUGCGGGUGAUUCGCAGUGCUGAUCGUGCUGACACUGGCUGAUCUGCCGAUCAUUGCUGUUGAGCCGCUGCUGUGCGUUGGUUGGGCCACCGCUGCACUGGUCGUCGCUGACUAAAACCGACACUGGUUUAGCUUCGUCUCCGCUUAUUGCCGUUGAUCUCCGCUGGUUGACUCACCGUCGGGCGCCGUGUCGGCAGUACCCGCGUCUCCCAGCGCCCGGUAAUUGGCACGGUGACCCGGCGCGCUCGGAGGCGGGCCCGGCCGGGUAGCGUGACCGGCAGUCGACCGGCACCGAGCUCCGGCCGCCGCCCGCAGACGGAGAUGGGUCUGCAGAGGUGAUGGGCGCCGACCGGCCGGGUCAGGCCGCUGCCGACAGCGCCCCGCACGGCUGCGCCCGCCGCUCACCCGCCGGCCGGCCGCCGGAGACUGGCAGCAGGGAGGAGUUUGGUAGUCUGCCGGCGCCGCCCGCACCGUGCCGUGGCCUGUAGUGUUUUUGCGUCCACGUCGGGUCACACUGGUAGACUGGACCGUGAUUUUGCCCUGCGAACUGCGAGUGUGGAAUUCAGCGAUGGGUUACGCUGUGUAGACUGGCCGACGUAUCGUCCCAUGGCUCAGUGUUUGUGAGCUUAUACCGGGUGUUUUCGGAUACACCGGACCACGUUAUCGCCCUGUGAGCCAGCAGUGUGUGUUCGUGUCCGAGCCGGCACCGGGGCACGCCUGAUACAUUGGGCUGUCGUAUCGCCCUGAGGCCCGCAGUGUCGCUCCAGUAUCGGGACAGACCGACAUAAUGUGACCGUGAUAUUACGCUGUGGUUAUCAGUGAACGGUCCUGCACUGGGGCAGGUCUGCCUGGAGCGCUGACGGAUCGCGCCGUGCUUAGUGCUCUGGAGUCGAACCGCGUUCAAUCUUGGCACUGUGUUGAGGCUGUCUGGUGUUGAAGUGACGGUGGAUUAUUCUUCGACAACAACUUGCUAUGGUGGCAUCAGGAGCGCGGCAGAGAUCGGACCAGGCGUCGAGUGAGGAUGCCGUGACCGCCCGCCGACGGAAGGCGGUGGAAAGGAGUAAAUCCGUAGAGGAUGUCAUCGGCUUCCUGAAGAAGGGCUCCCUCCUGUGGAAGGUGAAGUCCCUCAGCAAAUGGUACCGCAGGAAAUACACGCUCGACUUUGAGCAUCUGAAGAUUAACUACGAGCCCUCACACAAGCCCGUCUGUGUGGAAAGAAACACUACCCUGGAUAUAAGCGAUAUCCACGAUGUUAGGAAAGGAUGGAAGACGGACAUCUUUAACCGGAUCGCGUCCAAGGUUGAGAAGCGCAUCGUCAAGUUACCCAGCUCGCCUCCCCUGGUCGACGAGCGGAACUGCUUCUCCAUCAUCAUCGGCAUCAACAAGAGCUCUCUGGACCUGGUGGCUCCGGAUGAGCACGUGUGUGACAUGUGGGUGCGGGGUCUCCAGCACCUGGUGGCCGUGGUACGCAGCCUGGAGCAGGAGAAAAACUACGACCGCUGGCUAAAGCGGCAGUUCCAGUCGGCGGACAAAGACAACAAUGGCGUGCUGGAUUUCGACGAGUGUGUCGACCUCAUCAAGCAGCUCAACAUACAGCUAGACAAGCAGACCGCCAAGAAACUCUUCCAGGCUGCUGACACGGACAAGCGGACCAAGGGCGACCAGCCGGCUCUUGACGAAAGGGAGUUCGUCACCUUCUACCACAGCCUGCUCAAGAGGCCAGACCUGGAGGCCAUCUUCCAAAGGUACUCGAACGGCGAGCUGCUGAUGACCUCUGAGGAGCUGGCCGACUUUUUGCGCGGCGAGCAAAAGAUGAACGUCACCAGCGACUUCUGCCGCGAGAUGAUCGAGACGUACGAGCCGUCCGAGUCCAAGCUGGCCGGCCUGCUGUCUCAUGACGGUUUCCAGAUGUUCAUGAGCUCCAAGCAGGUGCACAUCUUCAACCCUGAGCACAGUAUGGUGUACCAGGACAUGGAGCAGCCGAUGACACACUACUUCAUCGCCUCGUCGCACAACACAUACCUGCUGGGUAAUCAGUUGACGGGAAUGUCCAGUGUCGAGGCGUACAUCAUCGCGCUACAGAAGGGCUGCCGCUGUGUGGAGCUGGACUGCUGGGACGGCGAUGAUGGCGAGCCGGUCAUCUACCACGGCUACACGCUCACCUCCAAAAUACGCUUCUGCGACGUCAUCAGUGACGCCAUCAAGCCGUACGCGUUCCAGUACUCGGAAUACCCGCUGAUUCUGAGCAUCGAGAACCACUGCUCGGUACACCAGCAGGCACGCAUGGCUCACCACCUGAAGAGCAUUCUGGGCGAUAUGCUGUUUGUCACACCGGUGGACGAGUCGUUGGGGAAGAUGCCCUCGCCAAAACACUUCCAUAAGAAGAUCCUGCUCAAGGCCAAGAAGCUGCCGUCAGACAAGGAGAAGCAGGGUCUGCAGGCGCUGACACAGAAGGUAGGCGCGAUGAUGGACGGAAAGAAGUCGCCGCGGCCGUCGACCGAGUGUGACGAGUCGUGUACGGUCGACGAGUCAGAGUCGGACAACAGCGAGCCGGAGACAGAGUCAGCGCCCGAGGAGCUUACUGCGAAGCACGACAAGAAAAAGAAGAAGAAAAUGAUCGCUCCGGCGCUCUCUGUGCUGGUCAACUACAUCAAGGCGGUGCACUUCCACUCGUUCGAACAGUCGCAGCUGGCCGGAAAGUGGUGGACCAUGAGCUCCUUCGGCGAGAGCAAGGCCUUGGGGUUCGUGGCCGAUCACGCGGCGGAACUGGUCGAGUACAACAAACACCAGCUGAGCAGGAUCUAUCCGAGCGGCAAACGGCAGGACUCGAGCAACCUGAACCCGGUGGCCUUCUGGAACACGGGCUGCCAAAUCGUCGCGCUCAACUACCAGACGCCUGGUAAGCCGACCAGCUACAACCAGGGUAUGUUUCGGCGGAACGGUGGCUGCGGUUACGUGCUGAAACCGGCCAUGCUGCGCUCAGUGGAUCGGUUUGACCCGACCGCCGACCCGGGAGACAUCCAACUGGAGGAGACGGAGACAGACACGGGGCCGUCCCCGGCCGAGCCCGAGCCCGCCGUCUCACCGCCGCCGCCAGAGCCGAGGUCCGUGGCCUGUGUGCGUGCUGCGGGCACUCCCAGCUGCGGCACUCCUGAGUGCUCCUGCUCCUGUCUCCUGACCACACUGCGGCCCUGGGCGCGCCGCAGCCCCAGCAGCCUGUCCUGGUACCUGCCCCUCAGCCGGUUCCGGCAAACCCUGAAGCUACGGAUCAUCAGCGGCGCCUACAUCCCCAAGCCGGCCGGCAGCAGUCUGGACGAUAUCAUCGACCCCUACGUUAACGUCUACGUCACCGGCCACCCGGCCGACGAGAACAAGCUGAAGACGGCCGUCGUCAAAAACAACGGCUUCAACCCGGUGUGGGACGAGCUGCUGACGAUCCCCGUGCGUAUGCCCGACUUUUGUCUGCUGGACCUGGUGGUGCGCGACCACAGCACCACGGGCUCCAACUACAUCCUGGGUCACUACUGCAUACACUUCGACGACCUCAUGCCAGGUUACCGGUACGUGCCUCUGGAGGACAUGGAGGGCAACUCGCUCAGUCCCGCCUCCCUGUUCGUCCACGUCGAGUUCUCGCACCAGUGAGCGGCCGGCCCGUCGGUGAGGGAAUCUGUCUGCUUCUGGGGUUCCCUUAGGCACUGCGAUCGGUCCGUCUUUGACUGUGUGCGUCUGGCUCCGUCUGGCUUCCUGGGACUCCGGUCGGUCUGUUGAUGGGGCACGCAUGGCUCUAGGAACUACGUUUUAUAGGGCAUGUGACAAUGGCCCAGCUGCUCCUUACGUACUCAUUGGCACAACUGGUCGCACAAGUCGAUCACCGUAUUGCUCUCACGGUGCUUAGGUCUGAGAAGGCAGAGACGCCGGAGUGGGGUAGUGGAAAGAAGACAGUGAACCAUGGGCAGUAUGCAGUGAACGCUGGACAACCGUGGAUGGUGACCUUUGUGAUUAUGGAACUUGGUAGAAGCCCGAUGAAUGUGAGCAUAGGCGGUUUCGCCCGUCAGUGAAGAGUCCAAUUAUCGAGGGCGUAAUCAGCCGAAGAAACUGAUAAUAUUGGUGCUGUUGUGCUCUCUGAACCGCUGUAUGACGUGUUCGUAGACUGAAGAUUGUGUGUUUGUAGAUGCAGUGACGGUACUCUGUCUCUUAACCGUCCGAUAUUGCGGUAAAACGGCGGCCUCUACUCUGGCCCGGUCUCACAAUGGUGCUCGCACAAGGGUUUUAAUCAAAUGAUGAUUAUCGAACAAUCGAACCAUGCUUUGGAGAUUUCUUACUAUCGGUAGCUUAGCGACCUGUUAUGUGUGUUGUUAUAUGACGUGACAUGACUCUAGUAUUUCAGUUCGAGCGACUGCGAUGGUGUCUGUGCUUUGGGGGCGCCCUGGAUAUUUGAGCUGGGACUGUUGUUAUGAUCGCGCCGCGAUGUUGCCUUGAUUUGCCUGUGGUUGGCCGGCGGUUGACGUCGGUACAGUUGCCACUCUGUGUCUUUGAGCCGCCGCGGUCAGUGCGGCCCCAGAGACUCAGAACUGUGACUGUGACCGUCCAUAAAGAUCACAGAGGUAUUACGGACAGACAGCACAAGAAACUAGAGCUAUUUUACAGUGAAACGACUCCGACACCGAAUGCAAUACAUUCCUGAAAUGACA